AUGGAAUCAUCGAAGGAUAUAAAAUUUAUUGCUGAUGAGACACUGGAUUUUGAACUGUUUUCUCCUUUGGAUGGACAAGAGGGAGAGUCUAUAACUUGUCCCCUUGAACUCAAUGACAAGAGUGUGGAACAAGCAGUUGAGCUGAACAUCUUGUUGGAGAAGAAUGAUGGAAGGGCCAGAGAGCCAAUUCUCCAGUGGAGUCCCCUGACUCCAAUGAAGCUGGAGGAGGUCAUGAAAGAAGCUAACUUGCUGGCUAUGCAGCUUAAGAAAUGUCAGCUCCUGGAAAAGCAGAAUAUCAGUUCUGAAACAAAGCUUGAGACGGUUCUAGAACAUGAGCUUUUACCCCCAAUCAGAUUCUUGUGCGCAGAGACUGAGAUUCCCCAGAACUCCCGGAGAAAGACUUUCAAUGUGAAAAACAGUCCUCUGAAAGCUCUGCUCCCAACAGUGGAACCAGUUUCCUGCUUGGCUCAAGGUUCCCCCAAAGCUCUGCUUUCCAAAGGUAGAAGUCCUUCUUCCCACCUGGUGGACUUGACUAAUCCCAGAAGACUCCAAAAUACAUCUUAUGUGUGCAGCACUGAUGUUCCCCAAGCUAAGCUCUCUGAACCCAAGGCCUUGGUGACAAUGACAUCUGGCAAUAAAAAGCUUCAGGCAACUAUCAGGAACAGCAGGACAGAUAAAGCACUUGUCCUCCCCACUACCACAAAAGGCCAGGAGCCAUUGCUGCAUUUGAAACCUCUCCCUCAAACCAGCAUAAGGAAAAUGCUGAGGAAGACAGAAGCUUCUGCUAAAAAUGUUUCUGAUCAAGGCUCACAGGUUUCCUCUAACAAAGAGACAGUGCUUGCUGCACAAGUGAAAAAAAAGCCAACUCCUCAGUUGCGUCUCUUGCGGACCAGCCCUGUGAAAAAAAUUCCAGUUGCUCCAGAAAAGAGGGUACCUCUCCAGAAGACAAAUGCAAGUCAGGUGAAAACUAUGAGAGGCAUUGGUCCCAAAACACAAGCCAUCUCCAAGCCUCGUGGUAGUUCUUGUCAGAUUCAAACAAGACACACUGCCACAUCUGCAAUGGCAAGCCAACUUCCAGUGCCAAAACCAAUCAAUCAUACUGCUGCUGUUUUAGGCAGGUAUGCCGUUCCUGGGAAAUCCAGCCAGUUUAAACCACUGAGUUCAGAAACAUCUGGUGGGCAAAGAUCCAUUAAACCAACUGCUGUGGUUGGGAAGAAAGCUGCAUGUCAGAAGCCAGUCUCACCUGGCACUUUUCAGAACAGCAGGAUGAGACUGCCAAAGACGACAACUUCUAGCAGUUCAAAAUGA